AUGGUGGAAGAAAAUGCGCCGCCAAAACCCGUUUUUGGCGUGUCGAAACCGAUUUCUGAUGCAAUGCCUGAGGAGAAAGAUGUGGCUAUGACGGAAAUUGUGAGUUUUUUUGGGAGUUUUGAGUGGAUUCUGAUGAAAAUGAUGCAAUUUUUGAUGAAAAUGAUGAUUUCUUGGCUUCUGGAGCGAAAUUUGAUGAUUUUUGAAGUCCUGAAGCGAAAUUUGACGAUUUUUCCGCUUCAGAAGCUUGAAAAUCAUGAAAAUGAUGAUUUUUGAGGUCCUGAAGCGAAAUUUGAUGAUUUUUUCGCUCCAAGACCUGGAAAAUCCCUAAUUUUCGCUCCAAGACCCGGAAAUUCAUGAAAAUGAUUAUUUUUUGGGUCCUGAAGCUAAAUUUUAUGCUUUUUUCGCUCCAAGACCUUGGAAAUUAUGAAAUUUUGCUCCAGGACCUUGAAAAACAUGGAAAUGAUGAUUUUCUGGCUCCUGGAGCGAAAUUGCAUGCAUUUUUCGUUUCAGGACCUUGAAAAUCACCAAAACAUCCUUUGAGAGCUCAAAAAUCAUGAAAAUUUACCUCGGGACCUCAAAAAUCAGAGAAAUGGUGAUUUCUUGGCUUCUAGAGCGAAAGUUGGUGCAAUUUUGGGUCUUGGAGCGAAAAAUCACCAUUUUUCGCUUCAGGACCCGAAAAAGCAUGAAAAUUAUGAUUUUUCAGGUCCUGAAGCGAAAAUUUGAUUUUUCUGCUUCAGGGCCUGAAAAAUCAUGAAAAUAUCCCUUGAGAGCUUAAAAAUCAUCAUUUUUUGCUUCCAGACCCGGAAAUUCAUGAAAAUUAUGAUUUUCUGAGUCUUGAAGCGAAAAAUGAUGCAAUUUUGGGUCUUGGAGCGAUUUUUCGAUGAAAUUUUGCUUGAGAACGUAUUGUCGUUCCGAAAAUAAAAGAACUCCCGUUUGAAUUGGCGCUCACGUACAGUAGACUAAAAAUGACGUGACACAUGCACAUCAAACUGGUUGGCAAAUAGCCAACGUGUAAAUUUCGCAUUUUAUUUUUCAAAUAGACUCCAAAAUUUUGCGAAGUCUACUGUGGUCUUGGUUUCCUAGGCCAUUUCGGUUCUCUUCCAAGGUUCUUAUUUUUUCGGAAUGACAAUAGAAAAUCAUGAAAUUUCGUUCCAGAACACCAAAAAUCCUAAAUUUUCAUUUUCAGACCUUGAAAAACACGAAAAUCAUGAUUUUUUGGGUCCUGAAGCAAAGUUUGAUGAAUUUUUCGCUUCAGAACCCGAAAAUUCACGAAAAUGCUCAUUUUUCCCCUCAAAAUGCUCCAAAUCUUUCCAGCUCAUUCAAUCUUUGCAAAAAAACAACGCAUACGAGUCGCGCAAAGAAACAGAUUUGCGUUUCGAAGUUUUGCGCAACGUGAAUCGUCUGGUAAAAGAAUGGGUUCGACGUGUAACAUCGGCCAAGUUUCCGCACGAGGAUUUGUUGACGCCCGGCGGAAAAUUGUUCACAUUUGGCUCAUAUCGAUUGGGUGUGCAUACGAGUGGAGCGGAUAUUGAUACGUUGGCUGUGGCGCCACGACAUGUUGAGAGGAGCGAUUUUUUUGGCAGUUUUUAUGAGAUGUUAAAAGAGGUAGGGGUUUUGGGGGUGAAAUUGGGGGAAAAUUUUGAUUCUGUAGCUGAAAAACCUGAUUUUCUGGCUCCUGACACAAAUUUGGACGAUUUUCUGGCUCCUGGAGCAAAAUUGGACAAAUUUCUGGCUCCUGGAGCAAAAUCUAGUGGUUUUUGAGCUCCUGGAGCAAAAUAUAGUGGUUUUUGAGCUUCUGGAGCAAAAUUGGACGAUUUUCUUGCUCCUGGAGCUGAAAACCCUGAUUUUUGAGCUCCUGGAGCAAAUUUGGACGAUUUUCUGACUCCUGGAGCAAGAUCUAGUGGUUUUUGAGCUCCAGGAGCAAAGUUGGACGAUUUUCUGGCUUCUGGAGCAAAUUUGGACGAUUUUCUGGCUCCUGGAGCAAAAUCUAGUGGUUUUUGAGCUCCAGGAUCAAAUUUUGACGCUUUUCUGGCUCCUGGUGCAAAAUCUAGUGGUUUUUGAGCUCCUGGGGCAAAAUUGGACGAUUUUCUGGAACCUGGAGCAAAUUUAGACGAUUUUCUGGCUCCUGGAGCAAAAUCUAGUGGUUUUUGAGCUUCUGGAGCAAAUUUUAACGAUUUUCUGGCUCCUGGAGCAAAAUUGGACGAUUUUCUGGCUCCAGGAGCAAAAUCUAGUGGUUUUUGAGCCCAAGGACCUGAAAACCCUGAUCUAACCACGAACUAACCACGAACUAAAAAAUAAUGAAAAAAUUGAAUUUCAAAACAAAAAAAACACGUUUACGUGAAAAAUCCAACAAAAAUUUAUCAUUUUUUAUUUUUACGAAUACAAAAGUGGUUGAAUUUUUGAGAAAUGUGAGUUUUUUGCUUCAGGAGCUAGAAAAUCGUGAAAUUUUGCUCCAAGAGUUGAAAAAUCAUAGAAUUUGUGCUCCAGAACCUGAAAUAUCUUGAAAUGCAUCAUUUUUCAACCAAAACUGCUCAAUUUUGACUGAAAAAGCUUAAAAUAUGUUAUUUUCAGCUUGAAAUUCAUCAAAAACCUCAAAUUUUUGCUACAGGAUUUCAGAAAUCUCAGAAUUUCGCUUCAGAAGCUUGAAAAUCAUAAAAUUUUGCUCCAGAACCUUAAAAAAUCACAAAAUUUCGCUUCAGAAGCUUGAAAAUCGUGAAAUUUCGCUCCGGGACCAAAAAUAGUUCAAAAUGUCGUUUCAGGAACUAAAAAAUCUUGAAAUUUCGCUCCAGGACCUAGAAAAUCGUGUUUUUUCGCUUCAGGACCUAGAAAAUCAGGUUUUUCAGCUCAAGGAGCAAGAAAAUCACAAAAUUUCGCUUCAGAAUCUAGAAAAUCACAAAAUUUGGCUUCAGAAGCUUAAAAAUCACAAAAUUUCGCUUCAGAAGCUUGAAAAUCAGGUUUUCAGCUCCAGGAGCAAGAAAAUCAUGAAAUUUCACUUCAGAAGCUUAAAAAUCAUGGAAAUUUGCUCCAGGACUCAAAAAAUCAUGAAAUUUCUUUUCGGGACCUGAAAAUUCCCAAAAUUCCGCUCCAGAACCUUAAAAAUCAUGAAAAUUUGCUCCAGGACCAUAAAAAUCACUAAAUUUCGCUCCAAAAUUUUGAAAAUCAUGAAAUUUUCGCUCCAGAAGCCGAAAAAUCACAAAUUUUCGCUCCAGAAGCUUAAAAAUCACAAAAUUUUGCUUUAGGACCUAGAAAAUCGGGUUUUUUCGCUUCAGAACCUAGAAAAUAGCUCAAAAUUCAUCAUUUUCAACCUGAAAUAGCCUAAAAUUAAUCAUUUUCAACUGAAAAUUCUCCAGUUUUCACCAAAAAAACCUCCAAAUCUCUUGCAGGAUCUGAAAAUUCGAGAUUUUCAGCUCCAGGACGUAGUAUCUCACGAAAUUUCGCUUCAAAAGCUCAAAAAUCGCAAUUUUUCGCUCCAGGACCUAGAAAAUCACAACAUUUUGCUCCAGAGUUGAGAAAAUCAUGAAAUUUCGUUUCAGGGUCCAAAAAUACCUCAUUUUCAACCAAAAAAGCUCAAAAUUCAUCAUUUUUAACCAAAAAUCCACUAAUUUUCACCAAAAAUCUCCCAAAUUCUACUUUGCAGGAUCCAAAUGUCUCUGAACUUCACGCAGUCGAAGACAGUUUCGUACCUCUCAUCAAACUUCUAUAUUCGGGAAUCGAUCUCGAUAUUCUAUUCGCCAGAUUAGCUCUCAAAGAAGUUCCAGACAAUCAGAAAUUGACAGAUGAUAUGUUGCUGAAAAAUUUGGAUUCGGCAAGUAUUCGAAGUUUGAAUGGAUGUCGAGUGGCUGAACAAUUGUUGCAAUUGGUGCCGAGUAUCAAGGAAUUCUGCACAACACUUCGGGCGAUUAAAUUGUGGGCUAAGAAUCGCGGAAUUUAUUCGAAUGCGUUGGGUGAGUUUUUUAGAGCCUAAAGAUUUUCCUUAAAACGAGCCUAAAAAGGCCUAGUUUUAAGCCUGAAAAUGAGCCUAGACAAGCCUAGAUUCUGCCUGAAAAAUGUCUAUUUUUAGAGCCUAAAUAAGCCUAGUUUUAGGCCUAAAGAUUUGUCUUAAAAUGAGCCCAGAUAAGCCUAGGUUCUGCCUGAAAAUACCUAUUUUUAGAGCCUAAAUAAGCCUAUGUUUCAGGCCUGAAGAUUUUCCUUAACAUGAGCCUAGACAAGCCUAGAUUCUGCCUGAAAAAGGCCUAGUUUUAGGCCUAAAGAUUUGCCUUAGAAUGAGCCUGAAAAGGCCUAUUUUUAUAGCUUUUUUAAGGCCUAGUUUCAAGCCUAAAGAUUUUCCUAGAAAAAAAGAAAAAAAAACCAGCCUGAAUGACCCUAGAUUCAGGCCUUAAAAUGAGCCUAGACAAGCCUAAAAAUUUGCCUUAGAAUGAGCCUGAAAAGGCCUAUUUUUAAAGCCUAAAUAAGCCUAGUUUUGGCCUAAAGAUUUGCCUUGAAAUGAGCCUGAAGAAGCCUAUUUUUAGGCAUGAAAAUGAGCCUAGAUAAGCCUAAGUUCUGCCUGAAUAAGGCCUAUUUUUAGAGACUAAAUAAGCCUAGUUUUAGAGCCUACAUAAGCCUAUAUUUAAGCCUAAAGAUUUGCCUUAAAAUGAGCCUAAAUAAGCCUAGAUUUAGCCCUAAAGAUUUGCCUUAAAAUGAGCCUGAAUAAGUCUUGAUUUGGCCUUAAGAUGAGCCUAGAUAAGCCUAUGGUUUAGGCCUUAAAAUGAGCCUAAAUAAGCCUAGUUUUCACCAUGAAAAAUGCCUAUUUUUCGAGCCUAAAUAGGCCUAGGUUUUAGGCUAAGCCUAGGCUUAUUUAGACUCUAAAAGACCAGAAAAUUCCCCAUUUUUCAAGCCUAAAUAAGCCCAAGCCCCUUAAAAUCCCUCAAUAUUUUCCAGGCUUCUUUGGUGGUAUCACAUGGGCAAUCCUAGUGGCUCGAACCUGUCAACUCUAUCCAAAUGCCGUGUCGGCAAAAUUGGUCCAGAAAUUCUUCUUCAUCUUCUCGUCGUGGUAAGUUUUUUGCCCAAAAAAGCCUAGUUUUCGGCCUGAAAAAGCCCUAAAAAUCCCAAUUUUUGGCCCGAAAAAGCCCAAAAAGCCUAUUUUCAGGGCUUGGCCUUCCCCGGUCCUUCUCAAAGAUAUGGAACGAAAUCGGCCCGAUAUCCCGGCACUUUUGGAUAUGGUUUGGGAUCCGCGAAUCAGACCAUCAGAUCGAUAUCACAUUAUGCCAAUUCUAACACCAGCUUUCCCCGAACAAAAUUCCACAUAUAAUGUGUCGCGUUCGACGAAGACGAUUUUGAUGAAUGAGUUGAAAGAGGGUGAGUUUUGACGAGCAGAAUGAGUCUAAAUAAGCCUAGGUUUGGGCCUAAGAUAGGCCUGAAAAUUGGCUAGAGAAUGAGCCUAAAUAAGCCUGGGUUCAGGCCUGAAAUAGGCCUGAAAAUGAGCCUUAACGGGCCUAUGUUUAGGCCUGAGAUAAACUUAGGAAAUAAGCCUAAAAAAGCCUGGAUUUUUAGCUAAGCCUAAGGGUUUUCCUAGGCUUAUCUAGGCUCAUUUUAACCCUGAAAACCAGGCCUAAAAUUCAGGCUCUCCCUCAGGCUACUUUCAGGCUCAUCUAGGCUUUUCCUAGGCUUAUUUUAACCGUAAAAAUCUAGCCUAAAAUUCAGGCUUAUUUAGGCUCUUUCUAACCCUGAAAACCAGGCCUAAAAAGCCUAGAUUUUAAGCUAAGCCUAAGGUUUUUCCUAGGCUUGUUUAGGCUCAUUUUAACCCUGAAAACCAGGCCUAAAAUUUAGGCUUUUCAUAGACUAAUUUCAGGCUUGUUUAGGUUCAUUUUAACCCUUAAAAUCAAGCCCAAAAAACCUAGAUUUUUAGCUAAGCCUAAGGUUUUUCCUAGGCUUGUUUAGGCUCAUUUUAACCUUGAAAACCAGGCCUGAAAAUUAGGUUUUUCCUCAGGCUAAUUUAAGGCUCUUCCUAGGCUUAUUUAGGCUCAUUUUAACCCUGAAAACCAGGCCUAAAAAGUCUAGAUUUUCAGCUAAGCCUAAAGCCCUUCCCAGGCUUAUCUAGGCUGAUUUUAAGCCUAAAAACCUAACCGAAAUUCUUCCAGGAUUCGAAAUUUGCAAAGAUGUCUAUGAAGGUCGCGGCUCAUGGGAUGCACUUUUCGAAGAAGUCAAUUUUUUCACCAGAUACAAGCACUAUAUUUGUGAGUUUUUCUGGCCCGUUUUGGCCCGAAAAAGCCCAGUUUUGGCCCGAAAAAGCCCGGAUUUGGCCCAAAAAAGCCCCCAAAAUCCACGAUUUUCAGGCCUUCUAAUGGCUGCCGCAACUGAAGAAGAUAAACUAACAUAUACCGGAUUUUUGGAGGCCAAAAUCCGACAUCUAAUUGGACAUCUGGACCGAAAUACGUGUAUCUCAUUGUCACAUAUCAAUCCAAAACAAUACAAACCGCUGACAACUGCCAAAUUUGAUGUGCAGUUUGAGUGAGCUUUUUUGGGCUGAAAAUUUGAGAAAAUUUGGCUGAAAAUGAGCCAUUUUACGUUGAAAAUGAGCAAAAAUGAGUGCUGAAAGUGGAAAAUUUGAAUUUAGCGCCAGAAAAUUUGAAUUUUUGAAUUUCCCGCCUCUGAAAAUUAGGCGGGAAAUUUGAAUUUUUGAAUUUUCCUAAAAAUUUGAAUUUUUGAAUUUCCCACCAAAAAAAUUGAUCGGGAAAUUUGAAUUUUUGAAUUUCGCCCCUUUGAAAAUUCUUUAAAAAUUUGAAUUUUUGAAUUUCCCGCCUUCAAAAAUUCCUCAAAAAUUUGAAUUUUUGAAAUUCCCGCCUUAGAAUAUUUGAAUUUUUGAAUUUCCCGCCUUCGAAAAUUGAGCGGGAAAUUUGAAUUUUUGAAUUUCCCUCCAGAAAUUAAACUAGAAAUAUUUGAAUUUUUGAAUUUCCCGCCUCUGAAAAUUAGACUGGAAAUUUGAAUUUCUGAAAUUCCCGCCAGAAAUUGAGCUGGAAAAUUUGAAAUGUUCAAUUUCGCGCCUUGGAGAAUUUUGGCGCGAAAUUUGAAUUUCUGAAUGUCCCGCUUUUAAAAAUUGAGCGGGAAAUUUGAAUAUUCGAAUUUCCCGCCAAAAAAAUGAGCAGGAAAUUUAAAAUUUCAAAAUUUCCGCCUCUGAAAAUUCCCCUAAAAAUUUGAAUUUUUGAAUUUCCCGCCUCCAAAAAAACACAGUAAAAUGUGAAUUUUUGAAUUUCCCGCCUCUGAAAAUUCCCCAAAAAUUUGAAUUUUCAAAAUUCCCGCCUAUUUUUCGUGUACUUCUCUCGGAAAAUCGAUUUUUCCAGAAAUCCCGUCUGCACUUUAUGGUUCAUUGGUCUCGAAUUCGAAAAAACUGCAAAAUCGCUGGAUUUGACAGCCGAAAUUGAGACUUUCAAGGCUCUUUUGGAGCAACACGGACAAACUGCAAAAGGAAUUGCUGAAGCUCAAGGUGAGCUGGAAUUUUGGGAUUUGAGAGCUCAAAAAUAGCUUCUGAAGCUCAUUUUAGGCUUCUGAAGCUCAUUUUAGGCUUCUGAAGCUCAAAAUUUGCUUCCAGAGCUCAUUUUAGGCUUCUAGAGCUCAAAAAAUGCUUCUGAAGCUCAUUUUAGGCUUCUAGAGCUCAAAAAUUGGCUCUGAAGCUCAUUUUUGGCUUCUAGAGCUCAAACAUUGCUUCUAGAGCUCAUUUUAGGCUUCUACAGCUCAAAAAUUGCUUCUGGAGCUCAUUUUUGGCUUCUAGAGCUUGAAAAAUGCUUCUGGAGCUCAUUGUAGGCUUCUAAAGCUCAAAAAUUGCUUGUGAAGCUCAUUUUAGGCUUCUAGGCCCAAAAAAGCCUAUUUCAAGCCUGAAAAGCCCAAAAUAUUGUCAUUUUGCAGUCAAAGUCAAUCUUCAAUACGUCAAACGUUCCGAAUUGUGUCAUUUCAUCUCUUCCGCAGAGCUGCGACGCGGACGCGCGCACCGCAAGCCGCCAAAAGUUACAGUAACCCGGACUGCAAGUGUAUCCGGAAGCGGAACCGGAACCGCACCGCCAACACCAACAACUUUAGCCGCGCCGCCGCCUCCCAAAAAUGGCACCGAAAGUUGCUCGACGAGCUCGAGCUCCACCACAACACAAGAAGUGACGAAUGAGAAUAGUGAAGGGUGAGUGGGAUCUACAGUACUCCAGGAGUACUGUAGGUCAGAUUUUUUGGCGCCUAAUUUGGAUCAUUUUGAACCUAAAUAUGCCCUAGGUUAAUUUGAAAUUUAAAAAAAAAUGAGAAUUUUUGAAUUUCGCGCCGAAAAAAUUUGAAAUUGAAAUUUUCGCGCUCCAAAUAUGACUGGGGUACUGUAGAUCUGUUUUUUGGCGGCAAAUUUUAUUUUUUUUUUUAAUUUGAAUUUUUUAAUUUCGAGCCGAAAAAAUUUCUACAGUACUCAAAUUUUCAAAAUUUGAAGAAAAAUUGCAUUUGAAAUCCACGUGGCAAAAUUUGAAUUUAAAAAAUUUUGGCGCGAAAAUCCUCUACAGUACUCUAGUCAUAUUUGGUUUAAAAAAAUUUGAAUUUGAAUUUUUUCGCGCAAAAAAAAUCUCUACAGUAACCCAGAGACCAAUUUUCAAAUUUUUUUUGCAGAUUCCAAGAAAAUCCGAGCCGCAAACGAAAAUCGCUGAGCGGACACGACGAGCCAGACAUUGAAAUGGAAGAACCGGCGGAAAAGAAGGCGACACCCGCUGCGGAAGCGGAAGCGGAACCGGAUUCCGCAGCCAAAACGAAUUUUUUGACGCCCGAAAUGGCACCACUUCAAGUGUAG